AUAGCGCGGCGCUGCGCUCGGAUUCCGGGAGGGAAGCACCGCGGUGUGCCCCUGGCAUCCUCAGUCCUGCCCCGCGAAGUGGAGAUGCGCGAGAGGCAGGCGAGGGCGCGCAACUCGUGAGACGCCGCGCCAGCCGGCACCAUGCGCCUGCGGCCGCUGCCCCUGGUCGUGGUCCCCGGCUUGCUGCAGCUGCUAUUUUGUGACAGUGAAAAAGUGGUGCAUGCCACGGAAGGGCUGGAUUGGGAAGACAAAGAUGCUCCGGGGACUUUGGUUGGAAACGUGGUGCACUCAAGGAUCAUCAAUCCUUUGCGCCUGUUUGUUAAACAGUCUGCGGUGCCAAAGCCCGGCCAAAUGGCAUAUGCAGACAGCAUGGAGAACUUUUGGGAUUGGUUGGCCAACAUCACGGAGGUUCAGGAACCAUUAGCAAGAACUAAACGGAGGCCUAUAGUAAAAACAGGAAAAUUUAAGAAAAUGUUUGGAUGGGGUGACUUUCAUUCCAAUAUUAAAACUGUCAAACUCAACCUCCUCAUCACAGGGAAAAUUGUUGACCAUGGAAAUGGAACCUUCAGUGUUUACUUCCGACAUAAUUCGACAGGCCUGGGCAAUGUUUCCGUGAGCUUGGUACCCCCCUCCAAAGUGGUGGAAUUUGAAGUUUCACCCCAGUCUACCUUGGAGACCAAGGAAUCCAAAUCUUUCAAUUGUCGUAUUGAGUAUGAAAAAACAGAUCGGGCGAAGAAGACUGCCCUGUGCAACUUUGACCCGUCCAAGAUCUGCUACCAAGAGCAGACGCAGAGCCACGUCUCUUGGCUGUGCUCCAAGCCCUUCAAGGUCAUUUGCAUUUACAUUGCCUUUUACAGUGUUGAUUAUAAACUUGUGCAAAAGGUCUGUCCUGACUACAAUUACCAUAGUGAGACUCCAUACUUAUCUUCUGGCUGAAGCUUUCCACAAGAAUGGAAAUAGGAGAUGUAUAGAAAUAUAAAUAUAUAUAUGUAUUUAAUUAGAACUACCAAGAACCAAGCCCAGCAACCCACCUGCUCUUCAUGGUAAAGGAUCCCUUUUGUUUCUGGCAAUGAAUUUUAAUUCCCUGUCAGGUUUUCAAAUUUAAAAACAGAAAUGUGAAAUGUGUUUGUUUCAAUCAAAAGUACCUUAAUAUCUAAAGAGUCAAACUGUUUAUGAAACCAUCUCCUUCAUGUAAGAUGGCUAAGUUCUAGAAAUACAUUUGUUUCUCUAAAAGAAGCAUCAAUGGUAGCAACAUGUGACAAGAAGGAACCAAAUUAUGCAUGUGAUAAACAUUGCUCCUGAAAUGAGCCUGCCUUUGAAAUGUGUUUUGGAAGGUUACCUUAAAAAUAGCAAAUUCAGUAAAGUAAAUGAAAGAUUGUAUUUGAUAGAUGAAUCGCGUUUCUGACAUUGCAUUCUUUUUUUAUGGCUGUCUUUUCUCCCAUAUCUGUGUCGUUACUGAUAUGAGAGAUGAAAAGGGUGAAACUUGUUUCAGAACUCGUGUGUGAAGUUACAGUGCUACAGUGGAACUGAAUACAUUAUUAUCUGAGGUAGAGUUGAGUGGAACGCGAUUUAAGCACUUAGACCUAUGUUGGUCACCAUCUUUAUGAUUUUUCACCUGAGUAGUAAAAUUGACAUAAAUAGCAAUGAUAAUGGAAUAGCUGCCUUGGACUGGGAGAGCAAAUCCAAAUUGUAAGUCAGUUCAACGGUAAUGAAGAUCAUGAAGUUUUGAGCCUCUAUUGCCAAAUUCAGUGCUGUGAGAUUGCCAAAAAUCCGAGGAUUUUAUCUGUAUAUACACUAAAACUUAUAACCUCCUUCUUUUCAUUUGUUAGUGUGAUUUUAUAUUCACAUGUAAAACAAUUCUAAAAUCUAGGGAAAGACUAUUUCCUAGGUUAGAAUGGGAAGAAAUUGUGGGACUAUGGAUUCAUUAUUUCUAGCCUCCCAGAUGAAGUUUUCUUUGCAUUUAGUUAUUUGAUUGAGGGAUCAGAAUCUAUGUGAAAAUAAAGAGUUAUAUUUAAGCAUUACUAAUUAUUAUGACUGGCAACCAGGAUAUGUGAUUCUACCAGGCUUCUGAGAUUACUUCUAAAUUAAUGUUACUUCACUGCUAGUGACCUGGUCAUUUUAUCUGAGGCGAUGAACCCUGUGUCACAGGACAGAAAAGAGGCGCUGUAAAACAGAUUCUAAACUCAGAAGACUCAUGGAAUGGUUUCCCUUUUUUUUCAAUAGAUAUUAACUUGUCUCCCCCUUCUUAUCUGUAAAAUAGCAAACUAAGGUAAAACAUUAAAUUGAGGACUGAAAAAAGUGAAGUCCUAGUCAAGAAAAAUGCUCUGACCACACUGUUCAAAAAGACAACAGCUCUGUUCUCUAUUUUACGUCUUCCUUACUUUACUUUUACUGGUGAUAUCUGCACAGUGUUCAAUUUUGUCUUUUGCAUAAAUUGUACUAGGUUUUGUGUGUGGUAGUGAGGCUUGAAGUUUUUGCUCUGAGUUCAUCAGGUGCUUUUGUAAUUUUGUGGUUGGUGAGUAAUAUUUUGAGACAUCUUUAUAUUUUCAUUUAGAAACAUCAUUAAAAUACUAUUUAUUGUACCAUAUGUGGGAACCAUAUAUGUAUAUAUACUUAAGAAUUUUCUGUGUACAGAGGAAGUAUGUGUACACAUUUCUAUGUAAAUAA